AACUAUUGGUCCAGAGAGUUUUCAAGAACUUUGUGUUUCACCCAUUUGAGGUACAUAUCUCUUUGUUCUUCUUGCAAUUGAUUCUUUUCCUUUAGGAUUUUUAUAGUUUAUGCCUAAAUCUUUUCUCUUCUCUACAGCAACUUUGUUAUCACAUCAGAAAGAUUGAAUCUUUUUUCUCCUGAUAAUCAAGAAAAUGAUGCUAAGGAGUUCUUCAACACCACUUCUUGGAUCUUUACUCUCAGAGAGUCCAAGCAGUCAUCACCACCACCACCAAUCUGAUUUAACUCCAAAUCAGACACCUAACCAUAGUUACAGCAAACUCUCAUGUAGUAGCCAUGGUGGAUAUCAGAAUUUCAGCAAUAAGAGUUUAUACCCUUCUAACUCUCCCAUCUCUCCUUCAGUUUCUGAGCUCAGCAAUGGUAACAGCAAGUUCCCAUCUCAUGGUUUUCGAAGAGCUCAAUCUGAAGGGAACUUGGAAGGAUUAGUAAAAGCCUCAAAUGAAGUUGUUGAUGAAUUUAGCCUCUCAAAACCACCCAAGAUGAAUAAACCACCAAAAUCAUAUUUGGAAACCAUUCCAUCUUUCACCAUUCACAAUUCAAGGGAGCUUCAUUCGGACGACGAAAGCGAUGAGGAAGAAGAAGAUGAAGAUGGUGACUGUGAUUACAUCAGUAAGCAAUACAGUUUGGGAACUAAUGCUGUAAAAGAGGAAAUGAGUUAUAUGAGUCAAAAUGCAAAGAUAGAAUUAGUUGAAGGCAGAGAGGAGAUGUACUUAGCAAGAGGACUUGGGGUUGCUGAUAUUGGUUGCUUUGAUGAUGGUGGGCCUUAUGGAGGCCGUGGCAUUGGAGGAGGCGGUGGUUAUCGUCCAGUAGCCUUCGAUAGGGAUGGUGGUGGUGACAGUCAGGGAUUCCAUAUAGAAGAGCAUUACAAGAGAAUGUUGGAAGAAAAUCCUGGCAAUUCCUUAUUCUUGAGGAAUUAUGCAAACUUUUUGUACCAAACAAAGAAAGAUCUCGAAGGGGCAGAGGAAUACUACUCAAGAGCUAUUUUAGCAGAUCCAAGUGAUGGUGAAAUUCUUUCACAAUAUGCUAAAUUAAUAUGGGAGCUUCACCGCGAUACAGAUAGAGCCACGAGCUAUUUCGAAAGAGCAGUCCAAGCUGCCUCUAGUGACAGCCACAUACAUGCAGCUUAUGCUAAUUUCCUCUGGGAGAUAGAAGAUGAAGAAGAUGAGAAUGGCGAAAUGCAAGUGCCACCGUUGGUACCGUUGGUGCAUGCCGUAGCUACAGCCUCUAUAACUGCUUGAAUUGAAAGUACAUAAUUAUUCAUUGAAAUAUUUGUAGCAGAAUUAGUAGAAGCUUAGCAAGCAAUUAGGAAGAACCUGUAAUUUAGCCUCUUAGGUACUAAUAAAACUGAUGCACAGGACUUCUAUUUUC